AACAUGGGAAUGGGUGGCAACAUGGGAAUGGGAGGUAAUAUGGGAAAUAUGGGUAUGGGUGGUAACAUGGGAAAUAUGGGAGGAAAUAUGGGCAACAUGGGAAAUAUGGGAAUGGGAGGCAAUAUGGGAAAUAUGGGGAUGGGUGGCAACAUGAGUAAUAUGGGUAUGGGUGGUAAUAUGGGAAAUAUGGGGAUGGGAGGCAACAUGGGAAAUAUGGGUAUGGGAAACAUGGGAAUGGGUAUGGGAAAUAUGGGAAUGGGGAUGGGAAACAUGGGCAUGGGGAUGGGGAAUAUGGGCAACAUGGGAAUGGGCAACAUGGGAAUGGGCAACAUGCAAGGUGUUGGAAAUAACCCACAGCCUUCAAACACUGGUUACAGAUGCUAGUAACAAAGAUA